CUUUUCUUCUCAUAAGGGCUCGACUAUAUCUGUUGCCCGUUGGCUUAUAUCGGAUAUCUGCCUCUUGAAAGUCUCCAAUCGAGAAACUGCAGCUGCCGAUAACUACCAACCUUCUCCACUUAUUUUAAUUAUAAAGAGCAACAUCUCCACACAAAAAUAUUUCUACCUACGAGGUCGUGAAUUAGACUAUACGAAGAUAAGUCGGUAUUAUUAGUCUAGUUUGAAUAAGGCUAGAACCCAUACUUGUCAAUUGUCUAAUCAUCACCAAAUCGUCUAGUCAAACUUCUAAAAGGACUUCAUUCCAUCGGAUCAUCUCAUUCGCAUCAUUCAUUUUAGCAAAUGGAGAUUCCUCUCAAAUCACAACCCAAAGUCUCAACCGCCAAUUUCACUGCCGACUCGGCAUUUCCUGUUGACCCGUUGGCAAGAACUACUCCAACUCCAGGUGCAGAAAGUGAUGCUUCUUCUCAGUUGAACUCAGAAUUGCUCAAAGUCAGACGCAGCAAUAAUCCACUGAACAAUAGUAAAAAUGAUUCUACUGAUCUCACACCACUUAAUUCCACUGCUCAGCUCAAGAGCUACAAGCUUAGUAGACGUUAUUCGGAAACUGAGAAGAAUAACUUUGAUCUGGAAACAGGACAUCGUCUCUACGAUGAUGGUAAAAUCAGACCCCAAGUUCUCAGAAACGAUUCAUACAGACAAGAUGUGUACGAUCUCAGUCGCAACAAUACCUACGGCACUCUCAUGCUGGAGAAUGACCCUAGCCGAAGUAGGACUCAGAGUCCAGCCAAGAUUUAUUCCAGAUCUCAUGACGAGUAUAUGGAUGGAAGUAGCGAGGGAGUAUUAGGACUAGAAGACGAGUACAUUCCUGGUUUGAACUUUGCCGAUUUGAUAUACCGUUGGAACAAGAAUAUUUCUGAUCAGAAUCUUCUAUAUGAUCUCAAACAACAAACUUCUAACACUUCUUCUACAACCAGUAUGACUAAUACACCUCUGAGUAGAGACGCCUCUUACUUGGAUUUGAAUCAAUUGCAUGCCCAAGUGGCCCCACAACCCAUCAGAUUACGAAACCAGACUUCUUCCAACAUGUAUUCGUUUUCCAAAUUGCACGAUUUUAUGAAACUCAGACCACAUUCAAAAGGCGACGAGCGGCCCAGUCGUGAGCCCAACCUCAGCACUGUAACACUAACAUCUUCAGAUGAUACCACUAGUAAUGUAGAUAACGAUACAGAUCAUAAGAACAAGAAACAAAAAUCUGUAAUUAACCCAGCGACAGGAGACAUAAACUACGAAUGGAUCCUUAGCAGCUUACCACCAAAUUUUAAUGAUUUGCCAUAUUCCCAGCGCAAGAAGUUGGUUAGAUCAUUUUCCGAGUCAAUUGACUACUCGCAGUUCUCAUUAUUUGCAAAGAACUAUUUGCAAGUGAAGCCAGGUAGUUCUGGCUCGGAAAGAACACCCAGAAGUGCCGGCAUUGGCUCCAACAACAGUAGUUUUGCCAGAAGGCCCAGAAUGAACAGUCUCAACACUGUAGCAGGUAGGUUGUUGGCCCGGACUUCUACUUCGGACUUGAAGAGAUUGUCUGAAUUAAACAAACCAAAAGUAAAUGUAGACGAAAAAGGUGCAAUUGUCAUGGACCAUGAGCUUGGAAAAGUGAUUGGAUUUGGAGCUUGGGGAACGAUUCGUGAGUGCACGGACAGACACGGCACGGUUCGUGCAAUUAAAAUUGUUAAGUCGAGUUAUGAUUAUGAUGGAACUCCAUCUCCGCGUAGUCAAUCUCCGAGCAAAGCUGACAUAAAUAGUUUGAAGCACCUGAACCCUAAGGUACUUGAAGUCUUCAAGAAGGAAAUCAAUAUCUGGAAAGAAUUGCAUCAUGAAAAUAUCUUGCCUCUUCUCAAGCAUCUUGAGACAGAUUACGCCAUCUUCUGUAUUACCAACAGAAUCUAUGGUGGCACCUUAUUUGAGUUGGUGUCAUCAUGGGGAAUCUUUAACAGUGGCAUUAACAGCACUUCAGGUCCUUUGGAGUUCCUGAUUGAAUCUCAACAGGAGCGAUUGAAGAAGGUUAUACUUUGUACGAAGCAGAUAGUCAAAGCUUUGUUGUACAUGCACGAGGAAAAAGGAAUUGUGCACGGAGAUUUGAAGUUGGAAAAUGUAUUGGUAGAAGAGGAUUCGGACAAGGGCUACAAAAUGAUUCUUUGUGACUUUGGCAUGUCGAAAGCAUAUACGAGUAGAAUCAGCAGAAAGUCCUCGGCAAGAUACCUUCCUAAUAAUAUCUUUGCCAUGGUAGACGAAGACACCUUAAUGAUGAGAAGCAAAUCCUCCAACACCACCAUGAGAAAGCCAUACCAGGGUGGAGAUUCUGAGAAUACAAAGAACUUAAAUGUAGCAAAGGACGAUUCAAGAAUAGGGCUUUCCAAUCUAAUGAAGCCUCAUGGCCCCUCAAUGCAAUCUGUGGAUCUUACUCCUUCACAAUCGUCAUCCAGAGCUAAUUGGAAAGAAUUUGAUUUCAGAAGGAAGAGUAACCACAAGGAAGACGAAGGAAUCGACUCCGAUUUGCCUCAUAGUCAUAUUGGAUCUCUUCCUUAUGCUUCUCCGGAAUUGCUUUCUCCCUCUCCGCCUCCAUUGGGGCCACUGGCUGAUAUAUGGGCGCUUGGGGUCUUGAUGUACACCAUGUGUGUCGGCAAGCUUCCAUUCCAACAUCAGUAUGAACCCAGACUUCGUGCGAUUAUCUUUGCAGGAAAAUAUAAUAGAGAGGAAUUGAGAAAGGCCUGCCUUUUAGAAUGGAUUUUCAAUGAGAAAGCAGCUAAAGGUGAUGCAGACGAAGCAUUACCGGCUAGUUUAAUGAUACAAUCUCCAUCUUUGGUUGAUCUUAGAAGACAGCAGGAAUUAGUGGAUUUGCACCAGACUUGGUUAAAAUACAAAGACUCUCACGAAUUUCAAUGGCUAUUUGAUAUCAUUACAGGAUGUUUGGAAAAGGAUAUAACCAAGAGAUGGGAUCUUGAAAUGGUGAGCCACUGUCUUGAAGUUCACACUCCGACAAAAUAGACAUAUUAUGCAAUCGACUAAGUAAUCGCAUGUAAUAUAAAUAGACCAAGUGAUUAUUUCACUUAACAAAAGGAAACGACGGUAAUAUUAAAUAAGGCAUCUAAUCAACGAAAUUAUACAAAAUAAAUACGUAAACUACUCAUUCUUCAUCUUCAACCUGGAUAACAAUUUUACCACUAGCCUUACCUGACUUCAAUCUGUCAAAAGCCUGGUCGAAUUCACUCCAUUUGUAGGUGCUAUCAAUCCAGGUCUUGAUCUUUCCUUCCUCGGCCAACUUUACACCUUCGCCCAACCACCAGUCGCCACCAGCCAAGGUGAAUAAAUGGUAUUUGUAGAAACUCAAACCCAAAGCGGAAAGAAAGAUCUUGAAUGCAGUGGUUAUAAUUUUGACAACAAACUUGAAGGAAAGUGAAUGGCCAUCAUAGUCACCGACAAUAGUUACGUAGGUACCUCCUUUGGGUGGCAAUAUAUGCUUGAUUUGAGGGAACAAUUCAGUACCACCAACCGUAUCUGCGAUGAAAUCAAACUCACCAGUCUCUUUAACCGAUUCCAAGGCAGCAUUUGCAAGACUUUCUUUGUUAUAAUCUAUAGUAGAGUUUACACCUAACUUGGUAACGAAAGGCUCAGAUUUGCUAGAGCAAGUAGCAACAAUUUCUUUAGCACCUUUAACCUUUGCGAGCUGGAU